GCCCGCUCGCCCGCCCGCAGCUCUCGGUUUCCCCGCCGAGCCGCCGACGCCGCCGCUGCUAGCGAAGGUGCCGGGCGCCGGGCCCUCCCCGCCGGCGCGGCCGUCAUCGCCCGGAGCGGGUGCGCGGCGGGAGCGCGGGGAGACGGCCGCCGCCAGCAACGCCGCGCAGGAGCAGGAGGAGGAGAAAGGGUGCGCAGCCCGGAGGCGGGGUGCGCCGGUGGGGUGCAGCGGAAGAGGGGGUCCAGGGGGGAGAACUUCGUAGCAGUCAUCCUUUUUAGGAAAAGAGGGAAAAAAUAAAACCCUCCCCCACCAUCUCCUCCCCACCCCUCGCCGCACCACACACAGCGCGGGCUCCUCGGCUCUGCACCGGCGGGCCGGGCGCGUCCUGCCUUCAUUUAUCAAGCAGCUUUUCGGAAAAUGCAUUUGCCGUUCGGAGUUUAAUCAGAAGAGGAUUCCUGCCCCCGUGCCCGGCGCGUCCACCGGCCCCCGGCCCCUGUCUCUCCUGAGGAGGCGUGAAGCGGUCCCGCGGAUAGGGGUCCAUGUCGGUGCCCGCGCGUGUGUGCGAGCGUGUAAAUUGCCGAGAGGGGGGAAAUCACAGGACUUAUGCAAAUACUGGACUGAACGUUGUAAUUCAUCUGCCGCCACCGCUGCCCCCCCGCCCUCCUUUUUUUUUCUCGUGCUCUUGAGCUCUCCGGUUGGGAUUCCUGCGGAUUGACAUUUCUGUGAAGGAGAAGUCCGAGAAUCCAUCUGCCAGUUCUCGUUUUUACCCCUCCGCACGCACCCCCACCGCCGGGUUCAUUUGGAAGUUUCACAGCAGCUAUCACCGGGGAGUUCGGAAGAUCGAUGGGGUCUUUGCCUUAUGCAUUUGUUUUGUUUUCACAAAAAAAGGAAACUUGACAGAGGAUCAUGCUGUCCUUAAAAAAUACAAGGUCAUAGAGGAAGUAAACUGAUAUUGACAAUAAUUAAUAAUAAUGUGCCUCAUGAAAUAAAGAUCCGAAAGGAAUUGAAAUAAAAAUUUCCUGCCUCUCAUGCCAAAAGGGAAACACCAGAAUCAAGUGUUCCGCGUGACUGAAGACACCCCCUCAUCCAAGAAUGCAAAGCACAUCCAAUAAAAUAGCUGGAUUAUAACUAUUCUUCUUUCUUUCGGGGCCGUGGGGCGGGAGCGGGGGCGAGAGGUGCUGUUGGUACCCGGCUGCUUUUCCUCGGCUUUUCCUCGGGGGAAGGAUGGCGCACGCUGGGAGAACAGGGUAUGAUAACCGGGAGAUAGUGAUGAAGUACAUCCACUAUAAGCUGUCGCAGAGGGGCUACGAGUGGGAUGCCGGAGACGUGAGCGCCGCGCCCCCGGGGGCCACCCCAGCGCCGGGCAUCUUCUCCUCCCAGCCCGGGCGCACCCCGGCGCCCGCCAGGACCUCGCCGCCGCCCCUGGCCGCCCCCGCCGCCGCCGCGGGGCCUGCGCUCAGCCCUGUGCCACCUGUGGUCCACCUGACCCUGCGCCAGGCCGGCGAUGACUUCUCCCGUCGCUACCGCCGCGACUUCGCCGAGAUGUCCAGCCAGCUGCACCUGACGCCCUUUACCGCGAGGGGACGCUUUGCCACGGUGGUGGAGGAGCUCUUCAGGGAUGGGGUGAACUGGGGGAGGAUUGUGGCCUUCUUUGAAUUCGGUGGGGUCAUGUGUGUGGAGAGCGUCAACCGGGAGAUGUCGCCCCUGGUGGACAACAUCGCCCUGUGGAUGACAGAGUACCUGAACCGGCACCUGCACACCUGGAUCCAGGAUAACGGAGGCUGGGACGCCUUUGUGGAGCUGUACGGCCCCAACAUGCGGCCUCUGUUUGACUUCUCCUGGCUGUCCCUGAAGGCGCUGCUCAGCCUGGCCCUGGUGGGAGCCUGCAUCACCCUGGGGGCCUACCUGGGCCACAAGUGAAGUCGCCAGGCCCGCCCCAAACAGAUAUGCAACAGGUUCACUAAAGCAGUAGAAGCAUACACAUCGCUAGUGAGGGACCACGAAACCAAGCCGUGGUCUUUUAAAAACAAACAAGUAAAUAAACAAACAAAAAACAACAAAAACAGCUUUCAGGCUCUAGAUCGAAUCAGCUAUUUACUGCCAAAGGAAAAUACCAUUUAUUUUUUACAUUUUUUGAGGAAAAAAAAGAUUUAUUUAUUUAAGACAGUCCAUGGGAUAUCUUUGGAAACCCUACCUAAUUGCCAAGCCCCUCUGGUGUGGCCCCACCUGGACCUCCUGGGCCUGGAAACGGAUUCGCUUUCCCUGGCGUUGGCCAGGCUGACUCGCCAUCUGAAGAGCAAACUGACCAAGGACCGGACGGUUCCAGAAGCCGGGCUUCUGGCGGCUGGAAGUUUGGAAGAAGGUGUUCGUUUGCGUCGCAGGGAUGUGCCCGGGGCUGGGACGCUCAGAGAGGGAGGUGUUUAGAGGGAAGUGCUUUCUUUCCCGGCUGGAAGGACCUGUACUUUGCAUACGGCUCACGUGGUACAGACCUGGUUGGAAGAAGGGGGAAAAAGUCGGAAACUUCAGAUGGACCUGGUAUCGGCCAAGACAUCCACACCGAAGGACAGUGACAGGAAAAAAAUGCCCUUAAACCAUAGGAAAGUAUUUUUUUAAACUACCAAUUGUGCCGACAAGCAUUUCAGCAAUUUAUACAAUAUCAUCCAGUACCUUAAGCCCUGCUGUGUAUAUUCAUAUAUUUUGGAUACACUCCCCCUCCAAAAACUGGCCCUGUGUAUGAAACAGAAUCCUCUGGGACGCGAGGAAGUGAACGUCUCGGUGACUUCUGCGGCAUCAGCAAGGCUGGGGCUCCCCAGAAGUGUCCGGCCGCCGCAAGUGCCUGCUUUUCCGCAAGAGGCCGAGGUUUGGAGUCCGGCCUGGCAGCCCGGAGGCCUCGUCCUGGAGCUGAGCCUGGGCACUCGCUGGCCUGCUCGAGGGAUUUGAAGCAGAGCAGUGUGGCCUCCCAGCGCCGGGAAGCUGACGGAGCCCAGAACCCCUCUGUUAAGAAAGAACAGGAGGCUUGGGCCUGGUAGCCUGGGGCCCUCCCCAAAGGGCCCUUUUCCACGUGGAGCCUGGAAACCAACGCUCUUAAGACGUUUGUCACUGGGGAGAAGAAAGCCGAGGCGCUGCGCCUUGACUAGCAGAGGGAGGUGGCGAAGGUCGGGCGUGCGACCACAGAAAGGGAUGCAAACAAAGAGAGGAGACGCCAUGGCCUGGGGGGGUGUGCAGUGUGGCCGCGGCGCAUGCGCGCUGGCUGCGCUGCCACCGCCUGGCUGUGCAGUUGGAAGCGAGGCUUUGAAUGACUUUGGAGAGGGUCAUAAAUCCUGAAGGAGGCAUUGAGAUGAUGUGUCAUGGAUUGAUGGAGCUGUAUCUAUGGAAUUACAAUGUAAAACAUUUUCUUGUCAUUGCAGUUUGGUUUUGUUUGAAAACCUGACAGAGGGGAGGGGAAAAAAAAAGUUCCAGGUGUGGAAUGUGAGGAUUAUCUGUACAUCCUGGGCAUUAAAAAAGAACAAAACAAAACAAAAAAAAUAGUGAUGGACAAUUAUAGAGAAGUAGCAAAAGAAGUCAUCGUCAGCUAAUAAACUAGGAAAUAUUUUUUCAAGUUUAGAAAAUCUUGAGACACAAGGCAUAACUGUGGCAUUAUUGCAUUAUAUACAAUUUAUCUGUAUUAACUUUGGAAUGUACUAUGUUCAAUGUUUAAUGCUAUGGUUGGUAUUUCGAAAGCUGCUUUAAAAAAAUACGUACAUCUCAGCAUUUUUUAAAAAAUUGUAUUUAGUUAUGGCCUCCACAUUUAGAAACUGAUUUUUUUUUCCAUUUGAGAUUAUUGUCUUAUAAUUCUGUUGAAACAUUUCUGAGAAGAUGAGCUAAACCCUGGGUCUCAGCUCCCUGAGAAACCCUGGAGUGUGCUGGCCACCGAGGCUCUUUGUUUCUACCAAGUUCUGUGCACUUCUUGACAACACCGCUGUUUAUUGUGAGGGACAUACCUGUUUGUCUGUGUGCCCUUGUUCCUCGAGGGUUACUUGGUCCCUGGGCAAAUCAGAAUUUAACUCAUCUUAUUCAGGACUACAUACAUGUUUGGUUAAACCCACGAGGUUCAUUCGGUUGGAAAUCCAGAUGGGAAGUGACCAGGGGAAUCAAUUCUGGCUGCGAGAGUUUCACCUUUCAAGAGUCGCCGCACAUGCCUGUUUCCAUCUAGACUUAGACUCCUCAGCCCUCCGGCCCUCCUCCCGCAGGGCCCCUGUCCCGGCAGUCCUUCAGGUUUUUCCUGAAAUGCGGUGGCAUUUCCGCCCCCCACGGAGAAAGCAGGAAACCCCAUGGGACAAAGCCAGACCUCCCUGAGGGGCCUCAGGGAACAGGACGAUCAGACCUUUGAACGCUUCUAAUUUUUAAGAGAAAUUAUUAUUUUGUGAAAGGUUUACAUUGUCAAAAGUGAUGGAUAUGGAAUAUCAAAUCCUGUGCUGCUAUUCUAGCAAGAUCACCGAACAGAGUCCGUGUGCAGGACACUCCAUGUGGCGACAGCCCCCACGCUGCUUUAGAAGUGACAAUGAAGAGCAUGGACGUUUUUAAUAUAGAGCCUAUUUGUCUUUUAUUGUUGUUAUUGUUAUUGUUCAAAUUGGGAUUUGCAAAACAUUCAAAAAUGUAUAUAUAUUAAAAACAGAAACUCGCAGGGGCUGACUUCUGGCUGGUUUCCUUUUGCUGUGGGGUUUGUUACCUGGUUUGAAUGGUAAACGCGCCAGCCGCCCCCCCGCACCCCGCCCCGCCCCAGAGCUGUACAGUGUGGUGGCUGCGCUCGCUCGAAGAGUAGCUACGUUGCAUUUUUCUUAUUGUUAAAAACAUGUUAGAAGCAAUGAAUGUAUAUAAAAGCCUCAACUAGACAUUUUUUCCUCUCCUUUUUUUCAUUGUCUCAAUUGUUUUGUGACCCGACAACCAUUCCGACUUCUGUCUGGUUGAGAAGGGAGUCACACCUGAAGGCGUGGUGCAUAUGUUGGCCAAGGUCAGGGUUAGAUAGAACACAUGCACUUUCCACACGGGGGUCAAGGGCUUUAAAAAGAACCACAAGGAGGAAAUCACCUGGGAGCCCCCACACUCUUCCGAGCCUUCACUGCACAAGCACCCUGAACAAGAGAUCCAAACAGCUGACAUACCCUACAGCAAACAGUUCGUCUCAGUUUUUACAUGGCUGCAAAUUCUUGUCCAUUUGAGAUUUGGAUUAAAGUCACACUUCGAAUGAAGGAAGCACUUUUCAGUAGUUCAUACAAACAAAGAAACAUAUUCUCCCUCAGCGCACAUGUCCCUGCAUAUUCAGAUAUGGCCUGCCAUUUGGAUACGACUUUUAGUUCGUUAGUAAAUAUUUAUUGCUUAUCAUUUAAAGACCUAGUCCUGGUCCAAUGUGGGAAAUUAAGAAGUGGUUAUAAAUCAAGAAGAAUUAUAAUAAUCAGGAUUAAACAUAAAUAAGGUAGCCCCAACACAUGUCUGCUUUCAUAGUAAGGAUUAACUGAUUGAACAGAAUUGCAAAUAGCCUAUCUUGUGAGUAAACUUAUGCUAAAAUGACUAAUUUAGAAAUGUGAACUUAAAUUCUAAUUUCAAUUGUACUUUUAAGGCAGAGGCUGUUUUUAUACUUUCUUAUCACUUAUAGUUAGUAAUGUACACCUACUCUAUCAGAAAGAAACAGGAAGGGCUUGAAAUAUAAGCCAUUCUAAGGAAAUUAGGGAGUCAGUUGAAAUUCUAUUCUGAUCUUAUUCUGUGGUGUCUUUUGCUGCCCAGACAAAUGUGGUUGCACACUUUUUAAGAAAUACAAUUCUACAUUGUCAGGCUUAUGAAGGUUCCAACCAGAUCUUUAUUAUUCUUCAGUUUGGAUCUUCCAGGGAUUUUUUUUUUUUUUAAUGGGACAAAGGACAUUUGUUGCAGGGGUGGGAGGGAGGAAUUUUCCAAUGAGUGAAACAUUCCCAAGACUGGAUCAGCACGUGGAGGCUUCAGAAUGGCCAGGACUGUGGGGUAUAAAAUGGAAAUAAUUGUGACUUUUCCUAGGGGUCAGUGUCAUUCCUCCAUGAAGGACCUUAUGCAACAAGUGAGAAACAUUUUAUUUCUUUUUCUUCACCUGAGGGUAUGUUUAUUGAUUUGAGAGAGAGAGAAAAGGGGGGUGGGGAGAGGGAGAGAGAGACAUCAAUGUAAGAGAGAAACAUUGAUUAGUUGCCUCCUGUAUGUACCCUGACUGGGGAUUGAACCCACAACCUAGGUAUGUGCCCUGACCGGGGAUUGAACCUGGAAACUUGGUGUACAGGACGAUGCUCCAACCAACUGAGCCACUCGGCCAGGGUGCAAGUAAGAAGCAUUUAAAAGUUCUACAGUAUGUUCAGAAUGUAGAGACAUUAGAAAGACUGAAAACCCAGCUCGGUAGGACAGUGCAGAUGGACCGAAACUCUGAAACAUUUGCCAGCCAUGGUAUAUAUUUCAAACCUGGAUAUGUCUAAUGGCUACUUAAACAAUAAAUUUGCAGUUCUAACCAACAGGAUAUUUAGCAAAAGCCUUCUGGUUGGUAGGGACAUCUGUUUCUAAAUAUCAAGCACAAUACAGAAAGAAAAUCAAAACAAAACAAAACAAUGUGAAACUCAAUUGGGUAAGUGAUGAUACAAGUCCCUUGUCCUUACCCAAAGAAUCAUCCUGUUCCAUAUCUGUGCUCAUAGGACAGACCUUGAACAACCAUGAAAUAUGCAUCCCACUGGGCACAAAGAAACCCAGAUGGAGUAUGAAAGGGAUUACACCGAUUCAUCGUGACGACCCCAGAAAAAUAAAGCCAAUAUCCUAUUGAUGACAAGUUUGUCUUGUGUAUCAGUGUAAGCCCAGCAGACAAAAACACUUUGCAAGACGGAAAGUCUUAAUCAGAAGAUUCUGGGACUGUUACUAAAUAUGACUGUGAUGUAGAUACUUAGUAAUGCCAUAUACCUAAACCUUUUAGGGAAUCUGCAAUGGGCCUUCCAAGCUAGUUCGUUUUAUUAAAUUUUCCCUUCUGGGGUACCAUUUGAAGGAAUAAUAGCCAAUCAAGUUUCUUUCUGGGAUGUAUUGGUGGUUGUGUUUAUUAUACUGUCUUCUUAAGUUUUCACCAAGUUUUGCUUUUGUUUUGAGUU